AUGCCUCCGCUGACGGCGGAGGGCGCGGGCGGGAAAGGGGCGGAGCCUGACGACACGCCCCCCCUGACGGCGGAGGGCGCGGGCGGGAAAGGGGCGGAGCCUGACGACACGCCCCCCCUGACGGCGGAGGGCGCGGGCGGGAAAGGGGCGGAGCCUGACGACACGCCCCCCCUGACGGCGGAGGGCGCGGGCGGGAAAGGGGCGGAGCCUGACGACACGCCUCCGCUGACGGCGGAGGGCGGGGGCGGGAAAGGGGCGGGGCCUGACGACACGCCUCCCCUGACGGCGGAGGGCGCGGGCGGGAAAGGGGCGGAGCCUGACGACACGCCCCCCCUGACGGCGGAGGGCGCGGGCGGGAAAGGGGCGGAGCCUGACGACACGCCCCCCCUGACGGCGGAGGGCGCGGGCGGGAAAGGGGCGGAGCCUGACGACACGCCUCCCCUGACGGCGGAGGGCGCGGGCGGGAAAGGGGCGGGGCCUGACGACACGCCUCCCCUGACGGCGGAGGGCGCGGGCGGGAAAGGGGCGGAGCCUGACGACACGCCCCCCCUGACGGCGGAGGGCGCGGGCGGGAAAGGGGCGGAGCCUGACGACACGCCCCCCCUGACGGCGGAGGGCGCGGGCGGGAAAGGGGCGGAGCCUGACGACACGCCUCCCCUGACGGCGGAGGCCGCGGGCGGGACAGGGGCGGAGCCUGACGACACGCCCCCCCUGACGGCGGAGGCCGCGGGCGCGCUGGCGUCGCUGGCGGAGCGGCGGGCGCAGGAAGUGAUGUCACACGUGGCGGGCUGCCUGGCGGAGGCGGGCGCGCGGCUGGAGGAGUGCAUCGGGGGGGUGCGGACGCUGCUGCUGCAGAGGGACGCCCUGGUGGCCCGGCUGCUGCAGCUGGAGCAGCCGAUGGCGCGGGCCGCCCGGGCGCUGAGGGCGGAGCUCCUGCAGGCGCACGGGCGCCUGUCGCGCGCGGAGCUCGGGGGGCGGAGCCUGCGGGAGGAGGUGCGCCGCGCCAAGAGGAGGCUCUUCCUGGCGGCCCGGGACGGCAUCCAGAGCCAGAUCGCCCUGGAGACCAAGCGGCACGAGGUGGCGCAGUCUGCAAUCACACAGGAGGAGCUGCGGGCCCAGAUCGAGGGGCUGAGGGAGGAGGCGUCUCGGCUGCAGGAGGAGCAGCGGGAGGAGCUGCGGGAGGCGCGGGAGCGGGCGCGGGAGGCGGGCCAGCGCCGGCCGCGCCCCCGCAGCGACAUCACGCACUGCCGCCGCCUCUCCCUGGACCUCCAGCAGUGGCUCCGCGGCGGGGCGGAGGCGCUGGGGCAGCGCUACGAGCCGCGCCUCCUGGCCCUGCUCCGGCGGAGGCAGUGGGGGGAGGAGGCGCUGCGGAGGCAGCGGGAGCAGGCGCUGGAUCUGAGGGCCCGAGUCGGGCCCCUGAGGGAGCAGGCCGGGGCCCUGGGGCUCCAGAGGGCCUGCACGGAGGAGCGGCUCGCCCUCCUGCAGCGGGGGAGGGAGGAGAACGUGGCGCAGUACCGGGAGACCGUGGAGGAGCUGGAGCAGAGAUUGCGGGAGCUGAGGACGGAGGCGCAGGUGCAGAAGAAGACAAAUGAAGCGAUGGAGAACCUGAAGACCAGCUUGUCCGAAGAGCUGGACGUCCACAGGCGAUUUGCUGAAGCGUAUGGAAUACUCCAGAUUCAUGCCUGAGCGAAAUCGGAAACUGGGUCAUGUGAAACAGUCCACAGAUGAAAUUGUGUGAUUCUCCUGCUUGUGCAAUGUUUUAAAGAUAUUGUGAAAUUCACUUAACUUUUCCACAGAUACUUACAGGCACAUUUACAUACAUGCAGGAUUUCACUGUUCUGGGGUUUUCCCAUUUUCCUGUCAACUCAAAACACACCAGGGGCCUGUAUCAUGAAGCAGGAUUACUGAGUUAGCAGGAUUACCAGAACUGUCCCAAAUCUGCAACAUGGACUGAAGUAAAAAAGAGCUCUUCCGGGUUUUACUCAGUAAAAACCAGCUAGUUAUCCAGCUAACUCUGUAAUCUUCCUUUGUGAUACGUGUUCAGACUUGAUCCUGGUUCCUGGAUCCAGGAUGUUUCUUUCACCCAGAUCAGACCAUCCAACCUAUUCACGUUCAUAUGCUUUGUGGUAGGACUAUUGAAAGUAAGAUUACGUGUGGCAUUUCCUGUCAGGCUGUUUAGAUAGCAUUCAACUAGCUAGAUUUAACGAGCAAUUUUUGGCUAUUUCUCCCGUGGCUCUCCCAGACCACAAUUACAGACCCGUGCCCAGGACACUGCCCUCACCAUGAGCACUACCUGAUAUCACGACAGACACUGCGGCCCUCCAGGACUGGAGUUAAACCUGCAGACACUGCGGCCCUCCAGGACUGGAGUUAAACCUGCAGACACUGCGACCCUCCAGGACUGGAGUUAAACCUGCAGACACCGAGACCCUCCAGGACUGGAGUUAAACCUGCAGACACAGAGAUUCUCCAGGACUGGAGUUAAACCUGCAGACACAGCGAUUCUCCAGGACUGGAGUUAAACCUGCAGACACUGCUGCCCUCCAUGACUGGAGUCUGACACCACUGACCUAAAGCAUUAUGAAAUGAUUUCCAAUACGGUACAUUUAUUUUCCUUUUCCAUAAAUUGGGCACCUCCAUGUACUGCAACUCAGUUUUGAAAAAAGAAAGGGCAUAUCUGUAAACUAGUCUUUUACAAGUAGCUUCAGUCGUAAAUAUGCUUGUGUGUCUGGAUUAAUACUUCACUGUACGCACGGGAGAAUGAGUCUUCAUAAACCCCAGUCACUGGCCCACUAAAACUAAUCAAAUUACUUUGCUCUCCACAGUAGUACUUGAUUGGCUGAAACCAGUGAGUCACUAAUGAUGUGUGGUAGCUCCGCCUAUUUUCGGCAAGGAAGCCACAUUCUCCAAUCGCUAUGCUGUUACUGCACUUCCUGUUGUGCACAAAUGCCCAUAUUUGACGCUGCAGUAAUGCAACGCACUUUCGUUUUACGCAUUUAUGGCCAUGUGCCCGAAAGGACAAUAAAAACAUACAUAUG